AUGUCCGAACUUUCUAUUGAUACCGAGAUGGAGAUAGUAACAGCCUCAGAAGAAGUUCCUGUUGAGGCUAAAAAGAGAAAUCACGAAGACGAAGACGAAACUUGGUCUCCUGAUGACGCUAAAAGGAUAAAGAUUGAAGGAUCCAAACUUCCCGAUUCUCCUUGUUCUACUACGCCAGUUCCAACACCUAAAUCUACGACGCCAGCUCCUUCUCCUUCAGGCUCAGCAACGAAAAACUCUACGGCUCCUACGAAUCCUGUACCACCAACAACUACUUUAUACACUCCACCAGCAACCGCUACGGUUUUUCCUAAAUCUUCUUGGCUGGAUAAAAUGCCCGCAUUACAUUUAAAUGACGCACAAAAAGCAGCAUUAGAUAAAGCUAAAGCUUUCGCAAAAGAAAUGCAGUCGGUCUUACUAAAUUCCGCUGGAAUUAAUCAUUCUCCACCACCACUUCCUACUCUUCUUUUAUCGUCUAAUCCUGGAUUGGCUUCUGGAAUAGAUCCUCGAUCUCUUUCUGUGUUAUCACGUAUUUAUGUUGGAUCUAUAAAUUUUGAAUUAACCGAACAACAUUUACGUGUAGUUUUUGGUCAGUUUGGUGCAAUCAAGAGCGUUAGUAUGUCAUUAGAUCCUCUAACCGGAAAGCAUAAGGGAUUUUGUUUUAUCGAAUUUGAAACUCCGGAAGGUGCCUCCUUAGCUCUUGAUUCAAUGAAUGGUGCUGAAUUAGGUGGAAGACAGCUUAAAGUUGGUCGUCCCAACAAUUAUACAGCUGCAACCGCUGCUGGAUUAUCUCCUCCUCCAAAAACUCGAAUAUAUGUAUCAAACGUUAAUGAAUACGUAAGUGAAGAAGACUUAUUGAGCAUAUUUGAAUCAUUUGGAAAGAUCAAUCAUUGCGCUUUAAUGCCUGAUCUCAUAACAAGAAAGCAUAAAGGAUAUGGUGAUGAAAAGCCAGCACAUUCUAUUAUUGGCAACCACCGCCUGGACGGUCGAAGUGGUAGUGCUACAUCUGUGUCCCAUAAUGAAAUCCACCCAGCAAUAUCGAAACCUAAGAUCGGAACGGAUAUAAUCAAUGAAUCUUCCGCUAGUACAGCUGUAACCUCAAUGAACAAUUUUGAAUUGGGAGGGUUAAUUCUACACGUAGGGAAGGCAGUUAUUGGAGGACCUAUUAGUGAAGGAAUGAAAGCUAUUGAUAAGUUGCCUCCUCUUCCUGCAGGAGCUACUCCACCUCCACCUAUUGUAACAUCACCUUCUGUUUCUGCUGCAGCGGCAGCAGUUAAAGCGCAAAAUGCGGCAGCAAAAAUUGCGGCAGAUCUCGCAGCAAGAGGUCAAACCGCAGUUGAAUCGGUUGCACAAGAAGAGAAUAUGAGUAUCAGUGCCAGUCAGCGUUAUGCAAUUAUGCAGAAAUUAGCGAGACAAGAGUCGUCUCCAGUGGUGGUUAUAAAAAAUGCGGUUUCACCUUCUGAAGUUGAUGAUUCUUUAGAAGACGAAUUCCAAGAAGAAUGUGGUAAUUAUGGUAACGUUGAAAAGGUGGUAGUUCAUAUUGAUUCCGAAGAAAUUUUUGAAGGUGAACGAGGGUUGGUUAAAAUUUUUGUACAAUUCGAAGAUGAAAAUGCUGCUGAAAAAGCCAAAGAUAAAUUAGAUGGUCGUUGGUUUGGUGGACGUCGUAUAAAUGCAUCCCUAUUCGAUCUUAAAAAAUUCCAAACAGGCGACUAUUCUAAUUGA